UCAGGCAGAAGUGCAUUGACUCAGAAUGAAACAAUCCUAUCGCAAUUGGUCAACAGAGAGAGAUUACAUAAUCACUGAAGGAGGGGAUAUCGCAUCAUGAAUGGAAGAGCCCUUUGAUACUACAUCCGUAGGUUAAAGAUUAACCAGGCUGAUUGGUCAAGAACUGCUUAAAUAUCUAUCCAGUCACCAAAAUCAGUCAGUUUCUUACAAAGUCACCAAGCGACCAGCAACCUGGAAUAAUUAGCAGACUUGACUCCGAGUGAAAUAGAAUUUUAAGGCUGAAAAUUUGGAAGUGUACUGAAAUCAUAUUUAAAGAUGGCAUCCUAUCUGAAAUCAUCCUCAUCUGGUAUAAUGAGAUGCUGUAUCUUGGUUACCAUGGUGACCUCUGCUCUUGCCUGUAUGUGUCAACCUUCUCAUCCUCAGCAGCAAUACUGCAAGGCAAAUUUUGUGCUAACAGGACACGUCUUGGAAAAGAAUCCAAUAGACGACAUACAACUGAGAGGGCGCUUUGGUCAAUUUGAGUAUGUGAUCAACGUGGACAAGAUCUUCAAGGAGAAUGAGAAUCUGAAGAAGGGUGCGUCAGGGUUCCCAUUGUCUAUCCUGCCCUCACCAGGGGACAGUCUCUGUGGACCCAAGUCACUCAGGAUAGGAACAAAGUAUCUCAUAGCAGGUAGCGUUGUUGGUGGUGAGCUUCACAUCAGUGCAUGUGAUUGGAUACAGGAAUGGAGAGAUGUAACACAGGAACAGAAAAAAGGAAUUAAGAACUUCUACAGUGCAUACUGCUCUCAGUGCAUGAUCCAGUCUACCAUGGGAGGGUUCAGGCAGAACACCGGUGGAGGAACAGCUGGGGGGUGUAUCUAUGACCCCGCCCCCAGCAUGGUGAAUGGGGUGGAGGACUGCCAGGCUCUCUAUGCUACCUGCAUCAUCCAGCAGGGACAGGAGUGUCAGUGGUAUCACCGUGGUAAUGACUACCAGGACUGCAUCAGCAGGAACAAGCCUUACUACCAUGGGGUCGAGACCACGCAGAGUGUGAAUUUUCCAAUCAUGGAUGAUGUUAUGACGUAAUACCAACAUGAUGUGGAGGACUGCCACGCCCUCUAUAGAUGAUCACUAUUACCAUGGUAACAACUACCAGGACUGUAUCCAGAGGAAAGGACUCUGAACCAGGGGUUCAAGCCAACAUAGAGUGUCAAUUUGUCCUGUCAUGAAUGAUAUUAUGAUGCUAUACCCAUAUGUAUAUCAGCAUGGUAGUCUACUUAACAGCUUGAAAUAAAUGCUCACGAUGUUUUAAGAAAAUAAGUGCAUGUUGCACUCUAAAUACAAACACAGGUUUCAUAUCUGAUUGGACCAGUCUUGUGUCCGUUCAUGUGUAUAUAAGAGUUGCACAGAGUACUUUUCUGUUUUGCAAAAGAGAUCUCCUUGAAAUAUGAUCUGAAGUCAGAGUUUGUCAUGCUCAGAAAAUUUGACAUAUCUUGCCUAUUAUUUAUUGCAAGUAUAAAAUAUAUUGUAUAUAGUUAAUAUAUUUGAAGAAUACUGUAAGUUCAAACGAAUGUACAAAACAGACAGGAGGAAUCCCUGUGUCAAAAAAGAAAAUGACAGAAGCCCAGCAAAAAGUAUGAAAUAACAUACAAUAAAAAUGAUGUUGCUGCACUUUGCUACA